GGUGGGUUAGGGGUGGUGGUGGUGGUAUUGGGGAGGGGGACAUGGACAGGCAGCUGGACCUGGCUCUGUACCUGGAUCAGCAGAAGCUCAGUCUGACCGAGUUCUCCGACGAAAUCCUACUGAACAUCCUGAGGUUUGUGCCCAGCUGUGAUCUGUUGCUGAAUGUCAGGAGAGUGAAUAAAAAGUUUGGGGCUCUGUGUGUGGACAAGAGCCUGAUCAGCUCUGUCACUCUGCACAAAGAGUAUCAGGGAAGCGAUGAGAAGGUGACGCGUCUCCUGAGGGAGAUAGCCCACGACAUUCAGCUCCUCAAGCUGAGCGGCUGCUACUGGUUGUCCAGCCCCACCAUUGACCUCGUGACAAAGUGUAAGAACAUAGUGAAGUUGGACCUGUCGGGCUGCCGCCUGACCUCGCUGCGUCUCUCCAAGAUGCUGUCUGUCUCCCAGAGCCUACGCUCUCUGGCCAUCGACAUCCACCAGGGCUUUGACGCCAGCCAGCUGAGCAGCGAGUGCAAAGCCACGCUUAGCAAAGUGACGGAGCUCAGACAGACCCUCCUCACCCCCUCUUACGGUGUCGUGCCUUGCUGUACCAGCCUGGAGCGGCUGCUGCUGUACUUCGAGAUCGCUGACCGCACCAGGGAGGGUGAGAUGGUGUCGGGGCAGCUGAUGGUGGGGCAGAGCAACAUCCCUCAUUAUCAGAACCUCAAAGUCUUCUACGCUCGCCUAUCCCCGGGCCACGUGAACCAGGAAGUGGGGAGGUUCUACCUGUCGGUGCUGAGUAUCCGUACCCCCGAGGACCUGCGAGCUUUCCUGCUCUCGGCCCCCGCCAGCUUUGUGGAUGCUGGCUGCUCCACCAAGAACUUCCUAGACCGAAUGGCCAAGAGCUUCACCCUGGAGGCCCUGCAGCUCCCUCGCUCCUGGCUCAACGGCUGCUCCUCGCUGCUGCACAACAUCCAGUUCCGCGACCCCCUGGUCUACCUGAACUUCAGCCGCUGCUCGUUGUCGGGCUGCCAGCUGACCCGCCAGGUGCUGCAUCGCAGCCGUAAUGUGUCGUCUCUGGCCAGCCUGAACCUGCACGGUUGUGGGCAUUGCCUGUUGCUGCUCUCCCCCGACUGCUCGCCCGCCACUGGACGCAAGGCCGAGGAGGAGGUGGACCUGGAGGUGGCCGAGACGCUGGUGGAUUGCUGCCCGCAGCUCAGGCACCUCAACCUGUCGGCAGCUCAUCACCAUUCCCCGCACGGCAACACCGCAGCCGCUGACACCACCAACACCACCGACACCAACAACACCGGGCACUUGUGCUUGCUCCUGGCCAGGCUGAAGCGGCUGCGCUCGCUCUCGCUGCCCGUCUGCUGCCUGGGGGACAAGCCGGCCUCCCCACACUCAGCACCGAGGGGUCUGGGCAAGAAGGUCCGGCUCGGAACUCCCAACUACCCGGCCAAGGCGAGGGACACCGAGCCCCAGCUCAGCCCGAGUGCCUUCAGAGCGAUGUUGGACAGCGUGCCUUUCUUGGAGGAGCUCGAGCUGAUCGGCAGCAGCUUCUCUUCCAACAUGCCUCGCAACGAGCCAGCCAUCCGCAACGCCCAGCCCCCCUGCGAGCGGGCGCACAGUGUGCGGGAGGAGGAGGUGGCAGCCAUCGAGCGCUUGCAGCACCUGCGGGCACUCACCCUGGCACAGCUGCCUGGCCUCCGCACAGGGAGCGGGCUGGUGGGCAUCGGGGUCAAGUGCCAGCAACUGCAGACCCUGUCCCUUGCCAACCUGGGCCUGCUGGGCAAGGUCGCUUAUUCCCCAGCCUUGUGUGAGAUGCUGAAACACUGCAGACAGCUGAAGGACCUCAGGCUCGAGCAGCCGUACUUCUCAGCAAACGGGCAGUUUUUCCAGGCUCUCGGCCAUUGCGAGGCGCUGGAGCGACUGUGCGUGGUGUCUCGGCACGGAACCUUCCAGCACGAUGCUGUGGUGUCGUUCAUGACCAAGUGCCCAAACGUGGUGAUGUGUCACAUGUUCACGGGGGAGACCCUGGUGGCCUGUCGGACCCUGCAACAGACGCUGGUUCAGAGUUUCCAGCCCCAGCGACCGGCACUGAACGCUGUUAUCUUCCCGCUGCUCCACGAAGGCCUGGCCGACGUGAUCAGAGACGUGCCCAUGAUCCACCUGGACGAGAUCACGCUGUUUAAGAGCCGAGUGGCUGAAGAGCCUCUGCAUCUCUGGUGGUGACACCGAUACCUGCCGACGUUUACAACUGUUUGAUGGAAGAAAGCUGGCUUGAACAGAACGCUGGUGGCCUCAUAAGUGGUGACACCCUCCCUGGGUCUCCCCAGCGGUAGAAAACACUGGAACCUUUUGACAUUUUCAGAAAAGACUGAAAUGACUAAAACCAGGGGAAAAAGCACUCCAUUGUUGGAUGGUUGGAAACAA